CCUUAUGCCAAAUCUGUGUUUUCUCUUUUUUUAUUUUUUUGGCAAGGAUUAUGAGUACCCUCUUCAUUCUCACAGCGCCCACUACCAGAAGAAUGACCGCUGCCCCCCACCCCCGCAGACUUUACCAGAGCGAGCAUGUGAGGUGCCCAGCUGCCGUUCAGAUUCCGAAUGUGAAAGACACAAGCGUUGUUGUUACAAUGGGUGCAUCUAUGCCUGCUUAGAAUCAGUACAGCCACCUCCAGUUUUAGACUGGUUGGUGCAGCCGAAACCACGUUGGCUUGGAGGAAACGGUUGGUUGUUAGAUGGACCAGAGGAAGUUUUACAAGCGGAGGCCUGCAGCACCACUGAGGAUGGGGACGAGCCUCUGCAUUGCCCUACAGGAUAUGAAUGCCACAUCAUCAAUCCUGGCAACACAGCCGAAGGAAUCCCCAACAGGGGUCAGUGCAUCAAGCUACGUGGAAAUCCCGAUGGACGCAAUCUAAGGCAUAAAUAUUACAAGGAAUAUUUUGGGAGUAAUUCCAAUAACGUACUUGGCUACGUGAAACAACAGCAGAAGCACUUAGGUUAACUUGGUGGGACCUAACUCUUAAGGAGCUUUUAAAGAAAGAAAUACCCGGUAGUUGUCUGGCUCAGACGAAUUGCAGCCCUCGGUCUCCAGAUACAGCUAUUCAGCAUCUUCCUGAUCUCUGCAAGUUGUUGAUCAAAGACCUGCCUGGUGCAAGAGCAGCUAUUCUAGAACUCAGCCCUGUGAAGAGGGGGAGAAAUCCAUUCCUUUGACGGCAGCUGUAGUGUUUGAGCAGCACCUUUACAACUGGAACAGAUGACCAGUCUCAUCCACAAUUUCAUUUCAGAUCUGUAUCAGCACAGUACACACUAUAAUGCACAUUAGGGGACUGAGUCUGAUUUCGCUUACGUAGGAGUAACUCAGGAGUGACACUG